GAUUGUUCCAGCAUCUCAGGUCGGUAACAUAUGCACAGCAUUCAGUGUUGCUGGGCUCCUCCGGGACGCAAGGUGGCGCUAGCAGAACAAACACACGGGGGAAAGUGACGUCAUCGACAGGCGACCGAUCGGAUCGCGCGGGCAUUUGAAAGGGAAAUGGCUGAAAUUCAAACUGUGUUGCAGCUCUGUGACCCCGUCCUCCUGGCACCGUGUGCCGAAGGGGACGAGUGGGACUCGGCAGGCGGGACGCUGCUCUUCCUGCAGGACAGUCGGCAGGUGCAGAAGGUUCUGUGGCGCCAGCUCUUUGUUCUGGACUCCAUGAUGUGUCUGCUGGAGGGGCUCCCGUCCGCCCAUCAACUGCUGGCGCAGCCCUGCCCCCCGCCACCAGAGGGCGCUGCUCGAGGCAGGUGGAAGGCGGUGAAGUCGGAGAGCGUGUCCGGGGCGGCCCACACGGAGGCCCUGCUCACCACGCUGCACCUCAACAUCCAAAACAUCAUCAGCAGGCGACACAGAGCCGCACAACUGCUGCAGCAGCUGCACGCCAAGAAGCAGCAGAGUGAAGACGUGGAGGCGUCCCUGCAGAGGGCCCGUGAUGCUUUGCGGGCAUGUGAUGGUCAGCUGACUCGGCUGAGGGCGGAGCUGGGGGCAGAACUAGAGCGCCUGGACGGCUGGCGGUGUUCCAGAGAUGGCUUGAAGGUGUACGCGUCAGCCGUGCACGAUGUCAUGCACCUCCUCCUGCUUUCCUUCAACCAAUCCGAGGUGUCUUUGGAGCGGGCUCGCCCCCCCAACCGCGGGAACUGCUCGUCCGAUGAGCCGGAGCCCUUGAAGGUGUCAGUCACAUGGAGUCACGACGACCGCUUCAGACUUCAGGCCGACGAGCCGGGGCUGGUGCCCCACUGCAUCUGGGGGCGCCGCUCUGAGCUGAGUGCCGCCCUGCUGGAGGUCACGCGGCGCCACAUGGGUCAGGCCGACCUGCUCUAUGAGAUCCACCGCUUGAGAUCCAGCUUCGCCAUCGACUGGCUUCCCGCUCGCCGCUUGCUGGUCUACCUGAAGUCUGCAUCGCUGGUGUGCCGCCUGCAGGUGGAGGAGGGGUACCCCGGCAGCGGAGCCGUCCGCCUGCUGUCGGUGCACAGAGACGGAUGUCCCGUGGAAACGUCUGGACUGCAGGUGCAGCUCUACGACGUUUCAUAGAUGAUCCUGCACUUCACUUGUUCAUCUUUGAGCCGUGUUCUUCUCCAGCCUCCCCCACCUGACAGCCGUGUGACGGACUGGCUGCUGCUUCUCCGCCACAGUCCUCUCAUCUGAUGUUCAUGGUCCACGGUCAUGGUCCAGCUGGUCCACCUGGUCAUGGUCCACCACCUUCACAGAGAAAGGUCUUCCACUUCUGACGUGUCUCACUUUUCUGUCGGGGAAGUGCCCUCAGCAGAAUCAUCUUAGUCUUUGUGAGGUUUGUCCUUCAUGAGUUCUAGACCCCCCCGAAAGGCCACCAGAGGAACUUGUCUUUGGAGCCACGAGCCCAUCCUCAUGAGAAGUGUCGUUUGCCACCACUAGCACAGGGUUGAGUCUGUUAGAUUCCAUGCAAUAAAGUAGUGCUGCAUCAUCGUGUGGUGGUUAUUUAGGCAUUGUAGAAUGUUUCACGUGUGGCAUAGAAGCAUACCAUGCCAACAACCAGGUGGCAUAGAAGCAUACCAUGCCAACAACCAGGUGGCAUAGAAGCAUACCAUGCCAACAACCAGGUGGCAUAGAAGC